AUGGCAGCGGACAGCAUCCCGCCUCCCCUGAGCCAAGGGGUCGGGUACGGCGUGGUGCUUGGCUUCGGCUUUGCAUUCGCGCUCGUCAUGCUCUACAUCACGCGUCUCCUGUGGCGCUUCAACGGCGAAAAUAACGCCCACUUUGAGACCUACGCCACCGCCGGCCGCAAAAUCGGCACCGGUCUCACCGCCACCGCCGUCUUCUCCUCCUGGGCAUGGUCCACCGCCCUCCUCUCCUCUUCUCUAGUCACCUUCCUGUAUGGCGUAGCAGGUGCCUGGUGGUUUGCAGGCGGCUGUCUAGUGCAAAUCUCUGCGUUUGCGCUGCUUGCGAUUCAGAGUAAGCUCAAGACGCCACAUGCGCAUACGGUGCUCGAGAUCGUGCGCGUGCGGUACGGCACGGUGGCGCACUGGGUGUACAUGUUCUUCUGCCUUGCGAACAACACGAUUGCGGUGGCCAACAUGCUUCUAGGAGCGUCUGCGACCGUUUCGGCGCUGACGGGGAUGCACAUCAUUGCAUCGACGUUCCUGCUCCCCGUCGGAGUGUGCCUGUACACGAUCAGUGGCGGGUUGAAGGCGACGUUCCUGACCGACUGGAUGCACUCGGUGGCGCUGCUGAUCAUCGUGCUCUUCCUGACGCUCAAGACGAUCACCAACGAUGCGGUGCAGUCCCCCGGACACCUGUGGCAGCUUGUCAAGGAGGCGAAUGUGGCCAAUCCCAUCGCGGGAAAUUAUAACGGCAGCAUCUUGACCAUGACGAGUAAAGGUGCGGUGGAGUUCGGCAUUCUGCAUACGCUCGGUAAUGCCGGACUCGUGGCGUUGGAUUCGAGCUACUGGCAGAAGGCGUACUCGGCCGAUGUGGCUGCAGCUGUGCCCGGGUACGUUCUGGGCGGCGUGCUGUACUUUGGGUUGCCGUGGUGUUUGGGUACGGUGAUGGGGUUGGCCGGUCUGUCGCUGCAGACCAAUCCCAUCUGGCCGGCUUUUGGACGCAAGCUCAGCACCACCGAGAUGAACGCCGGACUUCCACUCGCCUACACGGCGCUGGCUGUGGCAGGAAAGGGCGGUGCAGUGGCCGUGGUGAUUCUCAUCUUUAUGGCGGUCACGUCGACGACUUCGGCACAGCUCAUUGCGGUGUCGUCGAUCGUUUCGUCGGACGUGUACCAUACAUAUGUCCGACCCAAUGCGACUGACAGGCAGGUGAUCCGCGUCAGCCAUGCUGCUUGCAUUGGCUUUGCCAUCUUCGCAUCCGCCUUCUCGACCAUGCUCUACUACAUCGGUAUCAGCCUCACGUGGACGCUCUACUUCCUGGGUCUCAUCACGUGCCCGGCCAUGGUGACGCUACCCUUGACGGUGCUGUGGAAGAAACAGACGUGGUGGGCUGCCGUCAUCUCGCCAAUCGUCGGCAUGAUCGCAGGCAUAGCAACCUGGCUAGCUACCGCGCAGGCAUACGGGAACGGCGUUCUCAACGUCACCACCACGGGAGAGCUGUUGCCGUGCAUGUGGGGAACCAUCGUCGCCGCGGUUGUACCUGCAGUCCUAUCGCCGCUCAUUUCGUGGAUCCGCCCCGAACCCGAUUUCAACUGGGAGAGGUUUAGCGAGAUCCGACUGAUCCAGGACGACUCGUCGAUCAACAAUUCCCAAUCUUCCAUCCCGCAGGAGAAGGAGAUUGCCACACCCAUCCACUCGGACUCGGGCGCUUUUACCCAUGCAGAGAGGAGGUACAUGCAGCACCAGAGUAAGAUCGCCGCUUGGACGGCACUGGGCCUGUUUGUGGGCGUCUGGUUGCUUUGGCCCUUCAUCAUGUACGCCGCAAAGUACGAGUUUUCGCGCGAGUUCUUUACCGGAUGGGUCGUUGUGGCGAUCAUCUGGGCCUUUGCCGCACUGCUCAUCUUCACGUUCCUGCCGCUCUGGGAGGGCCGCACACUCAUCGCUCGCAUCGUCAAGGGCGUCCUCACCAAGCAAAAGGGGCCGGAAAACAAGCGUCCGGCCGAAAAAGCUGCGUCCGCUUCGACCACGCCCGACGCCAUCUCCCCACUCUAG